CUGGCAGUCAUGUGACGGUCAUAUAGUACAACUCAGCCAGCGCUCAGUCCAGUGUGAACGCUGCUGCCGCUGCAUGGCGAGUCUCAAGGGCAAAAGCUGCUCUGGCAUUACUCUGCCCCCACGGAUGCAACGGAUAAAAACAGUCCUCCCCGCGCCUCUUGCAUUGGGAUUAUAUUUGCUUUGAGUGAACAAGAUAUCCUGGCUGGAGACCUUGGAUUGUCAGUGUUUCCCCGACGCUUACUUUUUCCACCCCGAGAGAGCACACCAGGUGUUUUACUAUCUCACCCAAGUGGGAAGCGUGGCCUUGGUGACCUGGGUUUGUUUGGCCUAACUUUCCCAGCAGCACAAGGAAUAAUUCUCUUACAAAUCAUCCUAAAUACAGACUCUGAGUCCAACAAGAGACAGCAGUUUGGCACUAUCCAGGGAUGGUAGAUAACUCCCCAGUUAGCAAGGGGACUUUUCUUCCUUACAGUGGCUCUCCACAGGCCUAUCGGCUGUCAGACAUGGUGACAGAUCUGGGCUCCUACCAGGUGAUGCCGUCGCCAUUUUCGGAGGACGACCUGAGCGAGUCGUCCAGCCCUCGCUCCUGUUCCAGCCCGGACUCCCAGGUGCUCAGCUCCAGCUAUGGCAGUAACUCUAGUGCUGAGAGCCAGGACAGCAUCUUGGAUCAACUGCUGUCCCAGACCUCUUUAGGGAGUGCCAACGGUGUGCCAACAGGGUCUGUGGCAACUAUACCAUUAUCCACUUUCCUCUGGGACUCACGGAGAGAUGAGCCCUCCAAACGUGAGCCUGUAAAGGUGGAAAAUUUUGACUUCCUCACCUGGUCCAAUGUGGAGACAGAGGAACAACUUGGAGGGUCUUUCCAGCCCACACUGGAAGAGAUAGAAGAAUUCCUGGAGGAGAAUAUGGAGGUGGUAACAAUGAAGCAGGAGAUUCGAGAAAGUUGCCCGGGUAUGGGUGUGGGACUGGAGGAGGCUCUUGGUCUAGAAGUUGGCCUGGAGUGGUGCAGGGAGAACUCCCCUGAGCCUAAGCUGGAGCCCACUAAGUAUUCAGACCAAACUGUCCCCACUGCCAGCACUGCUGGCUUAGCCUCUGCUGCCUCCAGUGAGACCAAAACCACAUCAGUUAACCCUACACAUGAAUCCGGCACAGGGGCCAAGAAGGCAUCAGGCAACAAACCUUCAUCAGCGGACAGUGGCACAAACGGUAGUGGGAUGCCGGUCAUCCUACAGAUUCAGCCCCUUCAGGUCAAGCAGGAGCCCACAGCAGCGCCUCUUACCCCAGUGGCCCAGCCCCCACAGCCUGCUUCAGCCUCAGACAUCAAAAUUGCGCAGCUACUGGUCAACAUCCAAGGUCAGACCUUUGCCCUGGUGCCCCACAUCCUGCCCUCCCCCAACCUUAAUGUUUCCUCCAAGUUUGUACGCAUCGCUCCUGUCCCCAUUGCAGCCAAGCCUCUGGGGCUCGGGGAUAGCUCGGCCAGUCAGGGAUCAGGGAUUCUUGUUGGAGGUCAAAAGUUCCAGAAGAAUCCGGUGGCGGAUCUUAUCAAAAUGCACAAAUGCACUUUCCCUGGCUGUACCAAGAUGUACACCAAGAGCAGCCACCUGAAGGCCCACCUGAGGAGGCACACAGGGGAAAAACCUUUUGCCUGCAACUGGCAGGGCUGUGGAUGGAGGUUUUCUCGGUCGGACGAGUUGUCUCGACACCGGCGCUCCCACUCGGGUGUCAAGCCCUACCAGUGUCCAGUGUGUGAGAAGAAGUUUGCCCGCAGUGACCACCUGUCAAAACACAUCAAAGUCCACCGCUUUCCACGAAGCAGCCGGACAGUUCGCUCAGCAAACUGACUUCCUGCUCGGAUCACUGGGAACACUGGGAACGCUGAGAUCACUCUCAUACAGCCAUAGGCCAUGGGAGCAAAGUGUGAGCGCGAACGUAUGUGUGUGCGCAAGAUUUUUGCGCCUUCAUCAAAUCGGUUUGAAGAUGUGUGGGAGCACGCCUUGCUUAUUGUUUCAGCAGUCUGUGAUUGUUCUAAUUUAUUGUACAAGAGUAAACCACAGUUACCAUCCUGUAAUCAGCUAAAGGUUGUUGUUGCUGUUGGUGCUUUGGUAUGUUGUACUCCUUAUGUUUGUUCUGUCCUUAUCGCCUGCCUCAGCAGAAGAUAAGAUAAGCUUAUUUUCAUUCAGUCUGGAUUAUGUGAUAGCUUUGGUAAUAGCCUUGCGUAUCCAUACCUGGAUAAAAACAACUGCCUUUUAUCUUCCUGAAAGCUGCCAAUGUCUUGGACAUUCCUCAUGUUAUGCAAUGUUUAGGAAGUCUGGAGUCCGUUCGGAUCCUCAUAAGCUACUACUGGAGUAGUAGUUACUCUUCCCGGGGUCUGCAGAGGUUUCUGCUGUGAGGUUUCUCUGAUAGCUUUGUCCUAGUUUUUGCUGCCUUGCACCUCAGUUCAUUGACAGUACGGUUGGAGAAUACCUUUUAUUAUUCAACUUUGCGUUGAUGAACAGGGUGAGACCUGCUCUAAUAUGGGGACAUGAACUACUGAUUGCAUAACAAAGUAAGGGAAAUCUCACCAUAAGCUACCGGGACAAACCUGCUGAGACACAAGGAGGAGAACGACAGAGCAACACACGAAAUGCAAACGUGAAUCACAUCUAAAAGGUUAAACGCACAGUGAUUGUUAUAUUCGCCUUCUGAUCAGUGUUAUAUGAUCUUUGUUCAUUGUUGUAUUAAGCUAAGUCAUGUGUACCUAGUUGUUGGUCUUCUAUUUGUCUCGCUUUUCUGGCCUUACUAUACCACAAAAUCCUUACUGGAGAGCCAUAUGGUUUGGAGAAUCGGGCUCUUUGGUGAUCCACAUUUUAAUGGGGUGUUAAAUGACUGUUCAUAAUAUGGCCCAUGUCAGUCUGAAUGUCUCAGUCUGCUAUCAUUAUUUGAACUAUUAUUUUGCCAACGACUUGACACAAAAUCUGCCUCAACUCUGCUUUAUCUGUUACUGGAGACACCCUUGACAGCCUUUGACCUCAGCCGGCAGUUACGUUACGUUGAGGUGACAUCAGUGGACACACCAUGGUGCUGAACUACCAGGAAGAUGAGCUUCUGGGAAAUGGAGUCACAGCAUCCCUUUUGAGGCCACGACACACUUUCUAAUACCCUAAUUGUUUGCUAGCGUGCCCCGCUGUGAAUAUGUAGGGGUGUGACAGUGCCGUCCAUGUGUAAUUCAUGUAUGUAAAGCGACAACGAGCAGGGGUACACAACAUUGUACAUCAUUCCUUUCAUUCAAUUUUUGAAUUUAUAAUGCCUGUGUGAACACAGGUGUUUUAUCGCAUCCUAUGAAUGUAUGUAAAUACGCAGGAGUGGACGUCGCUGCAUCCAGGAGGCACAGAGACUAUUCUGAUACCAUAUCUUAAAACAAAUCAGUGCUUGUGACGAUUUCUAGUGGAAACCCUGAAUGUGUACAUAACUUAACGUUUCAGUACAUAUGAAUAUAUUAUAUAUAUUUUUUCUUUGUUCUAUCCAAGAUGCAUUUACAAAUAAAACUGAACAGAAACACA